GCUUCUUUCUUUGCCUAUCUACCAUGCUCGUUCCCAUGCAACCAUCCACGCCCCCGUAUCCCUACCUCAUGCAUUACACAUCCCCUGCACCCGUACACCACACAAACCCCCAGCAAUCGUAUACUGUACCAUCCACGCACCACCACGCAGUCUCAUGCUCGUCAUGCAGCAUGCUCAUCAUCAUAACCCCUCGCAUUAGGGCGGCGCUUCUCUCCAACUGCCAAGACACUUUAUCCCUGCCCUGUCCUGUCCUUUGGAAGAAGCAUAGCCGCAGCCAACUGAUACAACCAAAGUAAACGAAAAUAAUGGCUGUGUUAUGCUGGGAUUGUGUUUGUUUCUGUAGCCGCUGCGUGGAUAUAUAUGGAUGGACGGAUCGUGGUUUCGGUCGAACUGUGCCGCAGCGAUGCGUGAGUGGGGAUU